CCGCGCCGCUAGCGGCAGCGCCCGUGCCCGCGGCGGCCGCCCCGGCCCAUGCCCCGGGGGGAAGGGGGGCUGCAGCAGCCCGGCGAGCCGCCCACCCGCGCAGCGGGGGCAUCGCCCCCACUCGCCGCUCCUGGGAGGGCGGAAAGGAGGCAGCGGCGGCGGCGGCGGCUUUGUGCGCGGCGGGCGGAUCGCAGGCCGCGGCGGCGCGGGGCUCGCCUGCUCCCGCCCCAGCCCCAUGAACCAGCCGGACGGCUCCGCUCCGGCGGCGGCGGCGGCAGCGCAGGCCGAGGAGAGCAACAGCAGCGGGCGGAGGAGCUCUUCCAGCAGGGAGUGUUUGAAGAGGAGCCCGCAGAGCCCGAAAGCCGAGGGCUCCGACUCGGUGACAUCUCAGUCCUCCCCCAGUGAAGAGGCUGGAAUGAUGACUGAGGUGAAAGUGAAGACAGAGGUACCAGAUGACUACAUCGAGGAGGUGAUCUGGCAGGAUGACACCAAAGAUUCCAAGAAGAACAUCAAGGAUGGGCCGGGGGAUGUGCCUGCGGAGAUCUGCGUGGUCAUCGGCGGCGUGCGCAACCAGCAGACGCUUGAUGGAAAAGCAGUGGAACGUGACUCUUCCGUUGGAUAUACACGAAAUCGAUAUUCAGGGACCUGGAUUUUUGACCAUGCAUUGAGAUACACGUCCGGGUCUUACGAGUGUGGAAUAUGUGGGAAGAAAUACAAGUAUUACAACUGUUUCCAGACCCAUGUGCGAGCACACAGAGACACUGAAGCUGCCUCAGGGGAAGGAGCCUCACAAGGCAGUGCCCCUCUGGCUGCGGAAAGGGAGAAGAAGCCUCUCUCCAGAGCUGUCUUUGUGCUGCCCUGGGUGGAAUCCACAGAAACAAACAAUUUUAGGUACACGUGUGACAUCUGUGGGAAAAAAUAUAAAUACUAUAGCUGCUUCCAAGAGCACAGAGACCUACAUGCCGUGGAUGACCCCUAUGACCAGGCCGUCAUCGCCGCUGAUGAGGUGAAGGAGGAGGAGCCUGAACCCUUCCAGAAGAUUGGGCCAAAAACUGGCAAUUACACCUGUGAGUUCUGUGGCAAGCAGUACAAGUACUACACUCCCUACCAAGAGCAUGUGGCUCUGCACGCCCCCAUCAAGUUCUCUCGAUCUCCACUCUUCGUGGCAGUGAAGACACAGGCGAGCCAGUCCAGCAAAAAGUCCCCGGCGUCCAUAAACCGCUGCUCCAGCCUCCUGCACCGCGCGCCCUCCGGCGUCCCGCCCGCCUCCCAGUCCCAGAUGUUCCGCGCUCCCAAUUCCGGAUCCCCAGGAAGCAAGGCCAUCACAGCAGAAAAUGCUUUCAGCAGAAGAGUGGAAGGCAAAGUGCAAAACAACUUUGAAGAAACAAACAGCAAUUCCCAGAACUCCAGUGCUGGUCAUUCGGGGACAGAAAAACCUAAAGAAAAGAGGUGUAAGCAGAACCCAUCAGAAACCGCAAGUCCCCUGAUUUCAAAUCCUUUCCCGCUUUUACAAAAGCCUUACACCUGUGGAGCUUGUGGAAUCCAGUUCCAGUUUUAUAACAAUCUCCUGGAGCACAUGCAGUCCCAUGCAGCUGACAAUGAGAACAACAUUGCCUCCAGCCAGCAGCCCAGGUCACCUCUCCCUGUGGUUGAAGAAAAGUGGAAACCACAGCUCCAAAGAAAUAACGCCAACAACACGCCGGCGAGCGGCUCAGUGGGGAACAGCGCCAUCCCCGAGAAGGAGCGGCAGAACAUCGCCGAGAGGCUGCUGCGGGUCAUGUGCACCGACCUGGGCGCGCUCAGCGUGCUCAGCGGCAAGGAGUUCAUCAAGCUGGCGCAGACGCUGGUGGACAGCGGGGCUCGCUACGGUGCCUUCUCCGUCACCGAGAUCCUGGGCAACUUCAACACCCUGGCUCUGAAGCACCUGCCUCGGAUGUACAACCAGGUGAAGGUGAAAGUCACCUGUGCCCUGGGCAGCAACGCCUGCCUUGGCAUCGGGGUCACCUGCCACUCGCAGAGCGUCGGCCCCGACUCCUGCUACAUCCUCACUGCCUACCAGGUGGAAGGCAACCACAUCAAGAGCUACGUCCUGGGCAUUAAGGGCGUAGACCUUCGAGACAAUGGUGACUUUAUCCACCACUGGGUGCAGAAUGUGCUGUCAGAGUUUGUGAUGUCGGAGAUCAGGACGGUGUACGUGACAGACUGCAAGGUCAACUCCUCGGCGUUCUCCAAGGCAGGCAUGUGCCUGCGCUGCUCGGCCUGUGCCUUGAACUCGGUGGUGCAGAGCGUGCUCAACAAGAGAACACUACAGGCUCGCAACAUGCACGAGGUGAUUGAGCUCCUGAAUGUCUGUGAAGACCUGGCGGGGUCCACGGGCCUCUCAAAGGAGACCUUUGGCUCCCUAGAAGAGACCUCCCCGCCGCCCUGCUGGAACUCAGUCACCGACUCCCUGCUGCUCGUCCACGAGCGCUACGAGCAGAUCUGCGAGUUCUACAGCAGGGCCAAGAAGAUGAACCUCAUCCAAAACCUGAACAAACACCUGCUCAGCAAUCUGGCAGCCAUCCUGGCGCCGGUGAAGCAGGCCGUGAUCGAGCUGAGCAACGAGAGCCGGCCCACGCUGCAGCUGGUGCUGCCCACCUACGUCAAACUGGAGAAACUGUUCACUUCCAAAGCCAAUGAUGCUGGCGUGGUCAGCAAACUCUGUCACCUCUUCUUGGAGGCGCUGAAGGAGAACUUCAAAGUUCACUCGGCACACAAGGUAGCCAUGAUCUUGGACCCUCAGCAGAAGCUGCGGCCCGUCCCACCCUACCAGCACGAAGAGAUCAUUGGCAAGGUCUGUGAGCUGAUCAAUGAGGUAAAAGAGUCCUGGGCAGAAGAAGCAGAAUUUGAACCUUCAACCAAGAAGCCUCGUGCAGCAGGGGAGGCCACAGCAGCUCAGGAAGAAGAUUGGUUUGGGAAAAGUGAAGUCUAUGAUUAUUUGCAAGAACCUCUCUUCCAGGCCACCCCUGACCUGUUUCAGUACUGGUCGUGUGUUACCCAAAAGCAUACAAAACUAGCCAAGCUGGCCUUUUGGCUCUUAGCAGUGCCUGCUGUGGGUGCCAGAAGCGAAUGUGUAAAUAUGUGUGAGCAGGCGCUCUUGAUCAAAAGGAGGCGGCUACUCAGUCCAGAAGACAUGAACAAACUCAUGUUUUUGAAGUCCAACAUGCUUUAAGACUUUCUUUAAUUAAAACAAAACUUUAAAACACUGUUCCAAACAAAGAAAAAGAAAUUUAAGUUCUAAACACUGUGGACCUCAUUAUGAAUGCCCCUGGAAACCAAGUGCUUUUUUAUAUAUAUAUAAAAAUAUAAAUAUAUAUAAAAUUAAGUUUGAAAGGAAAGCUGAGCACAGGAGAGAGACAGCCCUCUGCCAGGAAUGUGCUCCUUUCCAUAGAUAGUGUGUGGACUUGACAGACUUUUUAAUGUUUUCAAGUGGGCAGACGAAUGGGAGGCUGAUGUUCUAAAGUCUUCAGGCAGCUGAGAUCUAAAGUGACUUGAAGUUUCUUUUGUUUCUCCUCCACCCCACCUUUCCUCUUGUCCCCUGGGCCAUCUUGCCAUGGAUAAUCAGACUCCAUUGACCAGACCAGUUCUGCACUGGACUUUGCUCCUUUGAAUAACUGUACACCUUGAGGGCACUUGGCUGCAGCCUUCUUGGCAUGGUGCGUGAAUCAGGGCAGCUGUGUUCCAUCAACACUGGUAUCUUUAGAAAUCAGAAAGGGAGGCUUUAAGGUUUUUGAUUCUUAAUUUUAUUUUUAACCUUCCCAUAUCCCUUUUUUUCCAAAAAACAAAAGUUACUCCUCUGUCUUGACUCCUAGUUUUGAGUUUAACAUGGCAGCAAGUGAUUAUAAGUUUGAUUUCAAACUAAGAGAAAUGGUUCAUGGCAGAAACUGUCAUGAACCAUGACAGUUUCUUGGUUUUAUAUUUUUUUACAGCAGAACUUCUUUUCUGAACUCCCGGUGUUAAUUAUCUUUUCUGUGAAUUUUGUACAUCAGGUGUUCUCAGACUUGUUCUAGAGUAGCCCAUUUGCAAUUAAAUAAUGUUCUUAUGGGAACCACAGCAGUUGUUUAUUUGGCAAAGCCUAGAAACCAGGAAAAGCAAAUAGUGACAGCACAGGUGGCUGUGGGCCACCAGUGAGCUUGCCAGGUCUGCCAGAGAACCCUUGUACCUAAAGAUUUUUGUUUAAAAGUGUCUCAGUGACACACAAACCACCCUUCCCAAGGCCAAGGACAAACCAAGGUGUAUGAUUUUUCAGGGGAACAAAGCUCACCAGUUUUGUCAAACUGGGGUUUGAAGGAAGCUUAGAGAAGUGCAUGGGCUCAAAGAUCCUUCUGAAUGUAAGUGCUCCUGAUUGAGUGCAAAGAAUAUCUUCCCCUUUUUGUUUGGAAUGGUUUCCUCUAGUGGCACGAAUGUCUUUUUGAUACCUACAGUGCAUUACACUACUUGUUCUGUUGCUGACCUGUUCUGGCCAGGAAGGCCACGGGCCCCGAAACGUUCACACGUAACUGGCUCACCCCAAAUGCAAUUAGAGAUCCCCAUGACCCCAAACCAUCUCAGUCACUCUGCUGUCCCCAAGGCCAGAGCUCCUGCAGGCACAGCUCCUGGGCUGCUGGACAGGCUCUGUCAGGUUUGGUGCCUCUUGGACAAUUCCCAACCUCUGGUGCCAAACUGUGCAUUUUUCACCACUGGGACUUGUCUCCUGCAGGAAAACUGAAACAAAUUCUUCUUUUUUUCUGCAGUCUCUCCUGCUUCCAGGAGCUCUGGAGCUGCGGUUCCAGUGGCGUGGGAGGGUCGGGAGGAGGGACUGGCCCUGCUGAGAGCAGGCUGGAGCCCUUCACAGCACAGGGAGUUUGCUGCUGGCUGGCAAUGCAGGGGGAAACUGGAGACCCUCUCUGCAGUGCUGCUGUUAAGCAGAUGUUAAACCAGGAUCCCACCUGCCCAGCUCUGGUUGUAAAAGAAGUUGCAAGUUCCAAGACAUGAGAAAUAGCAAACCCAAUCUCUCAGGCUUUGUGUGCAGAUGCCUUGAACCUCACAGGCACUCCCUGACACUGCACUGCCACAGGACUCAGGGGCACAGUUUGCACACUGGACCCUUCCCCACGCCAGGCUCACGAGGACAGACCUUGGCACCAGCUGUCUUGCCCUUUCCAGCCCUUUCAGCCUUCCAUUGCCUUGAGGCUGGUGUUUGGGUUGACCUCUCAGCACUGUUACUGCCAUCAGACCAAAACCAUUGUCUCCUAAAAUGUUACGUUUUUGCCUAAAGCACACAGCCUGCCACAUGAACAGGGGCUGCCAAGGCAGAUGCUCUUGGACUCCUGAUUUCCCUCUCAGUGGCUGAUGGAGGGGUUGCUUGUAGGGCCAGCUUUCCUUCUUGCUGGUUUUGUUUUCUCCUGUAAAAAUCCUGCAUGUCCAGCCACCAGUGGUAGCACAGCAGUUUGCAGGGCAGGAGAAAUCUGUAGCGGACAAAAAUGAACCCUGAGUGAGUGAGAUGUGUACCAGGCCCACUGGUACCUGACAGCAGGAGAACUUGGCUGGGGCAUGUCCCCAGACAGGAUUAGCUGUGGGCACAGAGCGUACCACACAGCUCAGCUGAUGGCACAGGGAUCAGGAUUGGCAGCUCCUUCUCCUAAUGGCAGGAGCUUUUUUUGUGGCUCACCUGAGACCCUGAGAGCUCUUUGAUGCUCAGGGAAACAUGCAAAGCCCUUCCAUUCCUUUGGAAAGACAGCUCCAGCCCCCAGGCCUCCUUUGCUAAGGGAUCGUAGAUGAUUUCUGUGGAAUGUGUGAACUUGGCCUCUGUUGUCUGUGACAGGCAUGGAGGGUGGGAAGUGGGCAAACAGAGUUAGCACAGCUGUCAAUCCCUGGAACUGAGAAUUGGGCAAACUACAGGGAUUUGUGCCCGGCAGUGGUGCAGACUGAGGGCAUGCACGCAGGAAAGCCACAGCCACCCCUACCUCCCGUCCCACCUCCCCUUUCCUUUCUCACACUGUGGGUUUGGCACCAGAGCUGGAGUUUUCUGGUGGUGCUGACCAAAGAGAGGGAUGGACUGGCCCUCUCCCCCAUCCCAAAAACUGCCCCUCUGAGGCAACUUUGGUUGUAGGUGCACUAAUGAUGGGUGUUAAGCAGUGAUGUCAGGCAGAUGAGAUUCUCCCAAAGACUUAAAAACUCAACAGCUGUAAAAGCAAGAGAAAACCUAAAGGCCUAAAAUGGAGCAUUCUCAGAGGUGGUGAGGGCUUGGGCAAGCCCUUCUCCAGAGACUCAGUGGAGGAAGGUGCAGCUUUUCCUGACUCUUGCAUAUGGCUGCAGGGUGCCCAGCUCAGAGGAGCUGUUUGUGCUGGGCCUGCUCCAGGCUCUCUCUGGGUCACUGAGGCCUCAGCAAAAGCAGGGAAGCACAUCUGUAGCACAUGCAAUGACCUUAAAUGCCAAGCUUUUGCUCCUCUUCCUUCUUCCUUCUUCCAGGCUUGAAUUUACAUUCUAGGGAGCAAAAAAAUACUUUACCAAGGUCUGAAAUUUAGAACUCUUAUUUGCCAGGUUGCUCCAACUCGAGCUGCUCAGUUUCUCCUCUGUGGUGCCUCAGAGGUGCAGAGCAGCCUGGGUAUUGCAGGGAGCACUGCUGGUCCUGGGCUGGGAGACUGCUCAGGAAAGGCUCCGAGUUUGGCCAGGGCUGUUGUGAGGUUCUGCUCCCUCUGAGCUGGGAGGAAAAGUCCUCAGAACUGGGAUCAUCCUCUGGCGGGUCAUGUUGGGAACUUACCUUCUGCUUGUUGGUUUCCUUUAAUCUCCCUUGUGAAAUGUGUCAGGGUGCAGGAAUGGGGUGUGGCCUCCAGGCAUCCACCUGUUCCUGCUGCUGACUGUGCCUGACCUUGCAGACUUCUCUUCCUGGCUUCACAGUUUGCUUUGGAAGUGUUCUGACCUUCAGAUGGGGAACAAGCACCACCAGGUGAACUGCAAGAGGGAAGGGCCUGUCUGAACAUCCGUGUUACUGAAGAGGGUGGGAUAGAGGCAGAGCUCUUGAGGAGGUUGUUUCUGUGUGCAUGCAGCAGCCAGGAGGUCAGGAAGGAGCUCCUGUCUCUCAGUAGGCAGUGGUUGUGUUUGGUUUGCAGGACGGACUUGGUGUCUUGCAUCUGGAUCGAGUUGAGAUGGAGGUGAACUUCCCUUUCUAUCCAAGCUCUCUGUCUGUGCUGAGGAAACUGCUGUGGGUGGGUUUGAACUCGUGCAAUCUGCAAAACUUUCUGUGAAAGCUGACUGUGGGCUCAGGUUUUGUCUAACUUGCUUGUUCCUUCAUUGCUGGUUAAGCCAGUUUAACUUUGAGCUGAACUGGUUUAAGUGUCCACACAAACCACCUGCACUGGUUUAUCUGUGCUUGCUGGGCACUCAUGAUGUCCAGCAGCAGCUCAGGGAGUCAUGACCCUUAUGUGAAUUUUGCAUAUGAAUUUGCAGCAGAUGCUCUCAGAACUUGGGAAUGACUGAAAAUGGAGGGGAGACACUUCUGGAAAUUAUUUGAGCUCUAAAUGGUGGCAUUGGAGUGUCCAGUGAGAUGGCUGAGGUGGGUUGGGUGACAUUUCUCCAACUGUCUGCAAAAACCCAGAAGGCUUAGCAUGACAAGGAAUUACCAAAAGUGUUUGUGUUGGUGGCUGAGUCUGCUCAGAGGGACCAGUUCCACUGUGGCUGUGGUGAGCACAGGACAGGGGACUGGAACCUCCUGCUGCUCCCACAGUGCCCUGGGCAUUUCUAGGCAGGACCAUGUUACUGCUGAAUCAAAAGACAUUAAAAGAGAAGCCAGGAAGGUGCUCCAAGGCUGGGAGUGCUGCUCUGUGCUGAGGAGAGGCUUGGAUCUCUGAUUGCACUUCUUGGCUGAGGGAGAGGCAGGAGCUCCUGUGAGCAUUCACAUAGGAAGGGACAAGCUGUUCCCUAUGGAGUAAUUAGGAGUAAUGGGAGAAAAAUAAAAAAGAUAUUAAGGGCAGAUUCUGGGAAAUCUCUUCAGGGAGGAGAACUCUGUUCCUCUGGGAGGAGUCUGUGAGGGGAAUGUGUUUUGAGCCCUGUCAUUGAAGAAAAGGCUGCAGAGUGGAGCUCGCUCCAUGAAACACAUGGCUGGACCUUGCCAAGAGAAAAGGAACUGGGUGUAGGGGUGGGAAGUGCCAGGUUCCUGCCCAGACCCCUCCAGGAGGGUUCACAGAGCCUUUUCUUCCCCAUCCUCCCACUCAUCACCAGCACCAGGCCCUUGCCAGCUCUCAGUGCUCCAUCAGCCGGGUUCCAUCAGGGAGGGAGGCGGCCGAGGGGAAGCUGCCAGUCGAGGAGCAAAUGUCCUGUCAGAUCAGCGUGGGGAGGGUGUUCAAUGUCUGCUUGCUUCUGCUGAGAUUUUCUGUGCUGUACCAUGACCUCAGAUCCCUGGGAUCCCCUGGGAAUGCCCAGAACCACCGGCUGAGCCCCGUGUCAGACCUGACGCUGUCGCUCUGUAGCAAUAAGAACUCCCUGUGUGUGGGACCUGUCCCCUCACAGCUCUGUCACCUCCUGGGCUUCUGGAAGUGUCCCUGAGCAAACCCUGAGGCCCAGCUGAGCUCCGUGGGACAGGCCUGGGACAGUCUGCUUACGCUAGGCCAGAAAUGGUGAACCAAUGAGAGUGGGUUGCCCUGAAAUUUAAUUUUAUCUAUUGAAUGUUUGUGGGAUUUCUAUUUAAUUUCAGGUUUAGUUUGGAUGCUUAGUUGAGGUUUUUUUCCUCUUACGAGUCCUUUGUAACUCAACAGGAGAAUUUUGCUCGCAUAGACAACGGUGUAUCCAUAGACCCUGAGGGGUUCCUCAUCCAUAGGCAGCUGAGUUGGAACUUUUGGCUCCUGAAACAAGGAAUGAUGACUGGCAGGAUUUUCUGUAGCAUCCCUGACAGUGGGACCCAGAUGAGCAGCUCAGGCUUAAUGAUGGGAAUAUUGUAGGAAUAUUGUUGAUGAGCACAGACAUGUCCAACCCUCGCUUUUUACAACCAAAGCUCCUAAAAAAAGGCACUUCCAGCCUCACUGGCCUCGAAUCCUUGUUCUCACAUCCCAGGGGGUCUCUUGGCAGUCUCUGCAGUGUCUGUGGAUAGGCUGCGAUUGUUUUUUCAAGUGGGCUGGGGGUGUGGGAGAAGGGAUAACUUUUCCCCUUGCUGUGUAGAAGGACCUUCCCCCUCAAGGAAGGAGAUGUGUUCUGGAAGGAGCAGCAGAUUUAGGAGCUGUUUUCCAUGGUCCCUUGAAGCUUACUGGUACUUUAAUACUCCUUUUUUGGAAUUCUUUGAAGGAAAGCCGGUAGUGGAUGACCUGCACAGUGGUGGCAGGUGGCAGCCCAGGCUGUCAGUGGAGGGAACACUGCCCAGGCCGUGAGGAUUGUGGUCCGCGCCAUAGCCAGACAGUGUCAUGGUGACAACCAAACAUCAGGAGAUCCUUGUUUGCAGCCAGUCUGAAAAGAGAAGCUGUUCCUCACUCGUACGUUCCAUUUCCCAAACCUCCUCCUGGGAGCUGAAUUCUUGUUUCAUCAAGCAAAGGAUUUAAUGUUCUCCUGCCCCUCCUGGCCCUCCUUGCCCUCAGUGACUCGUGUGCAUUUCCUUCCUUUCUGUAGAUGCAGAUGUUCUAGGCAAUACCACAGAGCACCCGCGCUGCGAGUGCGACCAUGUCAUCUUAAAAAAUACAAAAAAAAUAUACAAAAAAUAUACAAAAAAUAUCUUUUUUAGGCCAGAGUUUUCUACAGGUAUUAAUGAAUAUUUUUCUUAAUCCUUAUAAGUUUUAUGUGUUUAAUAUUUCUUAAUACCGGUAGCAUUAAUUUAUACUUUUGUAGCAACACAAUAUUUUUAUAAACCGCCACCGCUGGCUUUGUCUUCAUAACGGGAAACGUGCGGGCAGCUGGCCCCGCGCUGUACCAUGUACUGUAUUUAAAAGGUUAUCUAAUGUCACACUUGCUGUGUUAAUAAACAAAACAAAACCUGUUUGAAGUCUCAUGUAUUGUUGGUGUGGAUCAAAUGACUCACUAGAGAGCAAUAUUGCACGGGGUUGAGUUGCUGAUUUUCAUUGUGAUAUGCGAAUGCUUGAGGCCAACUCAAGUUCUGAGGUUUUUUUUUUUUCUUUUUAGGAUUUUGUUUUGUUUUUGUUUUGUUUUGGGUUUUUUUCAGCUAAAUAAAUUCAGUGCUGUUUGAAACUUAGACUGACGUCAAAUGAAAAGGAUUAUUAAAGAAAAAAAAAAUCAAGGUGUUUAAAUGUUGCUGUUUUUACAAGUCUGUUGCUGUCUGAAUGGAAAUAUUCCACAAGAGAGGAGGAAUAGUUCCACUUAGCUUCCAAAGGGGCCGAGCGCUCCAGGCCAGAGCUCGGUUAUUUGGAAAUACCUUAGAGACAUGUUUCUGCAACAUUCUUUUCAGAAUUGAUGCCAAGGCAGAAGACAAACUGUAACUGUAAGAAAGCAUCCGUUGCUUGAGGAUUUUCAUGUCAGUGUUGUAUUUAUGGUUUUACAAUAAAACAACCUUUAGGGGAAAAAAAAAAAAA